CAAGGUGCUGGUUUAUUAGCUGUAGUAAUCCCCAAAGCACUAUUUUGUACACAAUCCUUUCUAAUAUUCACAUGAUUCCUCCUUUAGAGGUUUUUCCUGAACAAAGAUAUCCGGAGAAUACAGCAAUUUCUGGAAAUAUUCAUUACAAAUUCCACAGACAGAAAAGCUUUUAAAAAAAAAAACCUCCAACUUUAGAUGGCGCUGUUGAGUGCUCUGUGGUUCUCGGUUCUGCUGCUGCAACACUUCGAGCUCCGUCUGAGUGCUGGAGCUGAGACUCUCAGCUGUCCUGCACCGGCUGGAGUCCCGGGUUCUCCUGGACACAAUGGCCUUCCUGGACGAGACGGAAGAGACGGACAUCCUGGACCUAAAGGAGACAAGGGAGAGUUGGGUCUGAGUGUGCAGGGACCUCCAGGUAAAAUAGGACCAGAAGGUCCAACAGGUCCAGCAGGACCUAAGGGACAGAAAGGAGAUCCAGGCAAUUUGCUGAACCCAUCAUCUCUACCGACAGAACUCGAACAGAUUAAAUACCUGGUUAAUCUGAUACUGCAAGAGCAACCCAAAGUGGCAUUCUGGGCCACACUCUCCUCCCGUGCAGAUCCUUACAGAGACAUCGGACCAUUUAAGGAUCGUCAGACUCUGGUGUACAAAAGUGCUUUGACCAACAUCGGUAAUGCCUACGACACAAAUACAGGUAUCUUUACAGCACCAGUUAGAGGAGUGUACUACUUCAAUGUUGUGCUCUUCAACGCAAACCCUCCCUCAACUGGUGUGGAAAUAAUGAAGAAUGGAGUGCUUUUGGCUGCAGUGACCGAUAAUACACCAGGACACGACUCUGAGGACACGGCAAGUAACUCGGUCACUCUGCUGCUCGAGAAAGGAGACCAGAUUUACAACGAGCUCCUGGUGAACCGGAAAGUUUACACGGAUUCUGCGGGACGUAAUUCGUUCAGUGGCCAUCUUCUGUACGCAAUGACCAACAUUGAAUAAACAUGGAUACUACACACUGAUCUGGAGAUGUUACUAAUGUUGUCUUGAUAUCGAUAAAGUGGCACAAUACUGCUGCUGAUUGUAUCCAUAAGUAUCAAAUCAUGAUUAAAUGAUUAUAAGUUUAUAAUAAUUGAAAAGUCAAAAUAAUGGCAAAUUAAAAAAGCAUGCAUGAAAA